GCCGCAGCCUACGAGUCCCGCCACGUCCACACAGUCUACGAGGCCAUCGCCCCGCACUUCUCCUCAACCCGCUACAAGCCCUGGCCCCUCGUCGCCUCCUUCCUGCUCUCCCUCCCGCCCGGCUCCGUCGGCCUCGACGCAGGCUGCGGCAACGGCAAGUACAUUGGCGUCAACCCCUCCCUCUUCAUCGUCGCCUCGGACCGGAGCGCAAACCUCGUCUCGCUGGCGCGGAGCUACCAGCCGCCGCACUUUGAUGACGCUGCGGCAGACUCCCUAGCCCUCCCCUACCGCCCCUCCGCCUUCGAUUUCGCAAUCUCUAUCGCCGUAAUCCACCACAUGUCCACCCGCGAACGCCGCCGCGCCGCCGUCGCAGCCCUCCUCGCCGCCGUCCGGCCCGGCACCGGCAAGGCCCUCGUCAUGGUCUGGGCCCUGGAACAAGGCAACAGCCGGCGCGGGUGGGACGCCGGCGCCGCGCAGGACCAGCUCGUGUCGUGGGUCACAAAGGGCAAGAAGGAGAAGCCCGAGGGUAAAGUGCAGGGGCAGGGGCAAGAACAGGCGCAAGCCGCCGCCGCCGAACCCGCCAAGGAUGAGACGUUCCAGAGGUAUUACCACCUCUACCGCGAGGGCGAGCUUGAGGAGGAUGUGGUGGAGGUUGGGGGCAGGGUGCUUGAGAGCGGGUAUGAGAGGGAUAACUGGUGGGCCAUC